AUGAGUCGUCAAAAUUAUUACCAUCGAUACUUGAGUGAACACCGAGCUGAUAAAGCUUGUGAAUUCCUACUGAAGCAUCCCAAUUUCAUCAACUGGUAUCGCGCUUCCGACUCACAGCAAUUGGUUGUUUUCGGUGAUAUGGGCAGUGGAAAAAGUUUUGCUAUGGCAUUUCUUGCAGACGAGCUAGUACGAAGAGGCAAACACCAAAUACCUCAACCUAAAGUCUGCUAUUACUACUGCCGGGAUGACGGGUCAGGGAAGACUACCUUCAUAUUGUCGGCUCUCAUCUUAUCACUCCUUGCACAGCUCACAGGUCUGAAGAAGCCAUUUGUCGAGUGGUACAAGGAGGCUCAGACUUCUGGAGACUUUGACCCGGCAACAAAUGUCACAAAACUAGGAGAGUUUCUACACAAAGUGCUCGAAGCAAUUGACCGCCCAGUCUCCAUCGUAAUUGAUGGUCUGGACGAGUGCAAUAGAGAAUCUCGAAGUAGUCUUCUGAUAACAUUGAAAGAAAUAUCACAGAAGGUCUCGGGGCUGAAAGUCCUACUAUCUUCCCGCGCGCAGGGCGAGAUAUUGGAACAGCUUCACGAUACGGCUAAGGUCGAAAUGAUAGCUGAUACUCACCGAGACGGCAUUAUUGUCGAGAAAGCAGUCGAAAGAAAGUUGUUCGAUCUAUCACCGGAUGUCAAGUCACUUGUCAUAGAACGGCUGACUCGUCUGGCAAAAGGAAGCGCCAUAUGGACGAGGAUGACCAUUGAACUGAUUGAAACCCGCAGAAUUAUGGCAUUCGAUCCGAUGAAAACUUUUCUGGAAGAAAUGUCACUCCCCGAACAGCUAUUGGAACUUUACAACACACUACUUUCCCGCUGCUCUUCAAAUGAUCCCGAAAAUCUAAAUCUUGCAAGUACAGCUCUCAAGCUUCUCGCUAUCACUUCCAGACCUUUGAGCAUACUAGAGCUCGCGUGGGCCGUUGCAUUGGGUACGGCUCGACAUGUUACUACCACGGAUGCUCUUGCCAAGCUGGUGGAUCAUCAGAGAAUCAUGAGACUAAUUCAUCCGUUCAUUGCUCACGUUGAUUUUGACGACAUAAAGAAGUAUCAGGUUCGACUCGUGCACCAGUCGGUGAAGGAGUUUGUACUGAAGAAUUUGGUCUCGAAUCAGCCAUGCCCACAUGGUCUAAUCUCAAAAGAAUCUGAUCAAAUUAUCCUUGACCAACACUCUGGAAGUCUGCAAGCAUUCAUGUUUGAUAUUUGCACCAGAUAUCUUCUUCUGGAAAAUAUUGGCAGGACAACUCUGUUCUCCGAGGAGCUUGUGGCAAUCGCAGAACUGCCCCAAGAAUCCGACAUAUUCGAUAAUAAUGAAGGGGCAGCCGAGUACGAUCUAUAUUGCACAUGGGAAGUCUGGGAAAAGGAUAUGAUCCAUUUUGAUCCCACUGAUCGCGGCUUUGGAGAGUUCUUUGUCUACGCCUCAUGUCAUUGGGUCGACCACUUCGGGGCCAUUACGGUCGAGCAUCUUCCAAGUCUAGAGACUAUAGAGAAGUUAUGCCAAGCGAGAUCGACUCGACUUGCCAAUUGGAUUGAGCAAAACUGCCGCCCAGGUUGCGCGUUGACGCCCAGAUUUGAAUUUGACAGCAGCCUAUAUGAUCCUCUCAGCAUCACUUCACUCUAUGGCUCAGUGGCUAUGCUACGUGAUAUGCUUGAAAACUCAUCCUUCGACAAUGUCAACUUUUUUCCACAGCCAGCUAUGGGAGCUGCUCGUGAGAUUCUCCGGUGGGGGUACGACAUGUCAAGGCUAGAGAUGAUUUUCUUCAGUGAGCGACUUGGCCAUCAACUGCGAAAUCUUGACUUUUUCCGAUUGAUCAUCAAAUCGUGGUGCAACCGUAUUCUCACCAGCUAUGAGUGGGAUCUUUUAUUUGAUCUCGUUAAUGAUAUGUCAGACCAAUUGGUCCAGGAACAAUGGGGAAAUGAACUGUUGUGUAUUUCUGCUAGCGCAGGCUGUAUGCCUAUAGUCCAGCGGUUGAUGACCAACGCUCAGCACAGCCCAGAGCUAAGGAGUGAAUUGCUGCGUGAGUCUCGAUUUGAUCGAUGGUCACGAAUUGUCAAACCAACACAACAGUCGAUUGGAGAGGCUGUAUUGGGAAACAAUGUCGAUGUGGUAGAAUACUUGUUGGGUGAGAAUGACAUUGAAGCCCAUCUUCGAUACCGAAGCUCCAGUGGCGAAAACGUUCUGCACUUAGCAUCAAAAAUCUGCAACCCAGAGAUCUUCCGCCUUUUGAUCCCUCGCUUUCAGGAAGGAAUCCACCAGAAAGAUGAUAAAGGCGACACAGCCCUGGUGCGCAUAAUCCUGAGUUCUGCACCUGCAAAAGACCGGUAUGAGUCGGCAAGGACUCUCCUCUUAUAUUGCGACCUCGAAUCGAACGUUCAUUUUUGGAAUGACCAGCGUAAUGCUUUGGAGGCAGCUGUGCAGAUCUGUGAUCUAGACAUGUGCUGCCUCUUGAUAUGUAUUGGAAAGAUCGACACACUUCCGGCUCUGAUCUGUGAUAGCGAGAGCCAAGUGGAUUUGAAAGAUAUACGUGCUGGGAAUAAGGGGAAUAUGUUGGCAAUCUUGGCGAAUCUCUUUGAGAUGAAGAAAGUGCCGCCCGAAGUCAAUUCGGCGCAGUCUUUUGGCUCUAUGACGGAAGUGUCUCUUCGCGAAUUGGCUGAGAAGCGUUUCAAUAGUCGCUUUGGAGCUUUAAACUCUGGCUCACAUUCUACUGAAGUAGCCUUCAAGCCUCACGAGAGCAAUCAGUGUGUGGAAGCUAUUUGA